AUGGCUUCCAAAUCUACUUUAAACCACACACGCACUAACACUACAGGCACUGCGAACUCAACUUCCAUCAGCUUAAUUUCAGGCAACAAAACUACAGUCAAAUCAACUCCAACUACUGUCCCUGUUAUUGCCACUAGACUAACUACCAACUCAACCACUACAGAACCUGAUUUUAUAUCCUCUCUGCUGGACAAGAUCCCAUUGCCAAGAUGGGCCAUCUAUGCUAUCCUUGCCCUAAUUCUUCUGGUGAUUUUAAUCUGUGUGCUGUGCUGCUGUAUAAAAUGCUGCUGUAAAGGAAAUAAGAAAAAGAAAUCGAAGUUGGAUCAGAAGGUCAGCCUAAAAGAAAUCAAUGGACGUACCACAGCAGCACUGGUCCAGCCAGAGACGGCGGAUGCCAACUAUGGUUCUGCUAACCAGAGAAGAGGAAAACUGCUCUACUCCCUGGAGUAUAACAACGCACGCUCAGAGAUGACUGUUGGAAUAAAAGAAGCUUCUGAGUUAAUGGCCAUGGACCAUUUAGGAACAUCGGACCCCUACGUCAAAGUGUACAUGCUCCCCAGCAAAUCCAAAACUUUUGAGACUAAGGUGUUCAGGAAAACACUCAACCCGGUGUUCAAUGAGAACUUUAAAUACCAGAUUUCUCAAAAGGAUCUCAGUGAGUCUACGCUGGUAAUGCAGGUAUACGACUUUAACAGAUUCUCCAAACACGAUGUGAUCGGUGAGCUGAGGCUCGAGCUCUCUGCUGUUGACUGGAACCAUGUAAUCGAGGAGUGGAGGGACCUCUCUGAACCUUCAAAGAAUGAGCAGGUACAUCUUGGGGACAUAUGCUUCUCCCUGCGUUAUGUUCCCACUGCUAGUAAACUCACUGUGGUGAUUCUGGAGGCCAAAAAUCUAAAGCAAAUGGAUGUUGGAGGUUCUUCAGAUCCGUAUUGCAAAGUCCAGUUAGUUCUGGAUAGAAAGAAAUGGAAGAAAAAGAAAACCUCAGUGAAGAAGAGUACACUGAAUCCUUACUUCAAUGAAUCUUUCACUUUUGAUGUGUCUUUUGAGCAGAUUCAAAGAGUCCAGCUAGUGAUCUCAGUAUGGGACCAUGACAAAGUGAGCAGGAAUGAUGCCAUCGGAAAGAUCUUUCUGGGCUGUGAUGCCACUGGAAACCAGCUGCGCCAUUGGGCAGACAUGCUGUCGAAUCCACGCCGGCCAGUGGCACAGUGGCAUAUGUUGCUUUCAACAGAACAGGUCGACUCAACGUUGGCCUUAAAACACACACUCAAGAUCCCAUUUACCAAUAAGACUUUUUGAAAUGCUGACAUCACUUUAUUUUGCUCGCCUGUGAACAGUCUGGUGCUUAAAUCCAUGAUUAUUUGUUGACUUUUUACUUAGAUAAUGCUAAUUUGUUGUCCAAUAAAUGAGUCUUCUCAUGACAUUCCAGACACUGUCCUUCCUUUGAGGCAUCUGUCUCUUAAUGGGCUGGGGCUCUUGGAGGAGGAAGCACU